CAACAGCUCAUCUGAUCCUGCUGAUGUUGCUGCUGUGCUGCACAACAAACCAAGCCUCUCUGACUGUGAGACCGAGCAGCUCUCAGUUUUUCGACUGGACGUCUGUCACUCUGAGCUGUGAGGAGGACGACAGCUCUGCUGGAUGGACGCUGAGGAGGAACACAACCAGAGGAACCAGGACUCAGUGUGGAGCUGACUGGGGAAGAUCAGCUGGUUCUUCCUGUAACAUCAGCUACAUCGUCCCGUUUGACAGCGGAGUUUACUGGUGUGAGUCCAGAGAGGGAGCAACCAGUAACACCAUCAACAUCACUGUCACUGGUGGACCAGUGAUCCUGCAGAGUCCUGUCCUCCCUGUGAUGGAGGGACAUGAUGUCACUCUGCACUGUAAAACAGAGACCCCUCCCUCCAACCUCCCAGCUGGUUUCCAGCAUGUUUCCAAGCCUGAUGAAAGCCUCUACAAGUGUGAAAUCAGCCAUCAUGGAAAUCUUCAGACCAACUCUCUCAAAGAUCAGCCGACCAAUCAACAAGCAGACUGUUUCUCCUGGAUGAUGGAGGAGCUCUAUGGAUCUCUGGGUCACUGGCUGGAGGAAGGAGGAAGCAGAAUGAUGAAGAUCAAAGAAAAUUUGGCCCCACUCUGCCACAUGGGGGCGCUGUAA